UGGUUUGCUGUCAGUUUUAGACAGUGACAUUAAGGGUAGGGGGUUAUUGCCAUUUGCUGGAAAUUAGAAAGUUGUAUCUCUGUGCUUACAUUGUAUUUUUUUAAUUUGUCAUUCAUUUAUUUUUAUUAAGUUACUUAAUACUAUUAUUUGUGCUAGCAUAGCUAGGCGAACCAAAGCAGCCUAUCAAUGAUUAAAUUUCAGUGUGUGUGUAAAAAGGUUGUGAGGGGUUAACAAUGCUGUCCUUCUUUCCCCUAGGCAGGCAGAAAGCAAUCUGGAAUAGGAUGUAAGAGCGAUGCAGAUAAAGGAACACAGUACAGCAGAGAGAGAGAGAGAGAGAGAGAGAGAGACAGAGCACAUAGAUAGACAGACAGAGAGAAAGAGAGAGACAGAGACAGAGAGAGAGAGGACAUACAGUCAGGCUCUAGCUAGAACAGCAACUCAGUGACAAACCACUAAAUUCGUGUAACGCAGCAGAACUGAUGCACCAGAGGCACCAUGACCCCUGGAUUGAAGCCUAUGAUCUUGCUGCUGCUCCUGCUGCUGUCUUGUUGGCAAUUGACCACAUCCAAAGAAGGAAAAUCCACAAAGAAGGGAAAAAAAGGAAAGCAAGUUGUCUGUCCAUCCCAGCUGUCCCCAGAAGAUUUGGCCCAGGUUCCAGCUAACUCCACCUCCAACAUCUUGAACCGUCUGAUGGUCAGUUAUGACCCAAGAAUAAGGCCCAACUUUCAAGGUAUACCAGUUGAGUCCAGGGUGAACAUCUUUAUUAACAGCUUUGGGUCGAUUCAAGAGACAACUAUGGACUACAGAGUGAAUAUAUUUCUUCGUCAGAGAUGGAAUGACCCUCGCCUACGACUUCCUACUGAUUUUAAGAGUGAUGCACUGACUGUUGACCCCAACAUGUUCCAGUGCUUGUGGAAACCAGACCUCUUCUUUGCCAAUGAGAAAAAUGCAAACUUCCAUGAUGUCACACAAGACAACAUUCUGCUCUUUAUUUUCAGGAAUGGAGAUGUCUUGAUCAGUAUGAGGCUUUCAGUGACACUGUCUUGUCCCUUGGACCUUACACUCUUCCCAAUGGAUACACAGCUGUGUAAAAUGCAGUUGGAGAGCUUUGGCUAUACCACCAGUGACCUUGUAUUCAUGUGGCAGUCUGACCCAGUUCAGAUGGAUGAAAUUGCUCUCCCUCAGUUCGACAUCAAACAGGAGGACAUAAAAUAUGGAAACUGCACAAAGUACUACCAAGGAACAGGUUAGUAAUUAUUAAUUAAAAAAUGAUGAUGA